AUGCAUCACUCCCAAAGAGUCGCUGGUAAGGUCCUUAGCCGCGAAAAUGUUUCUGCAUGUGAGGACAAACCACUAAACUCUCUAAAAGAUCCAAAGGUCUAUUCAUGUAAAUCACCUGGACGUUUGCCAAGCAAUGGAGAAUUCUCGAAACCGUUUGUUCCUGCACCACGUCGUAUGACUUCAUUCGUUUCGGGACCCCAUCGCACGCAUUCAUUUGUUUUUGCGCCUCGUCGCAUGUCUUCGUUUAGUCCAAGUCGCAUGGCUUCUCAUAACUUUAGAUCGAAUGCUAGCUUUUCAUCUCGUGAGACUUCUGUCAAUGAUUGUACAACAUUUUCGGCCGUGCAUACUACCGACAAAGAUUCGUUGUUGUCGAGAAAUCAAGGUUCAAAUGCAAAAGGCUCUGUUCCUGCGCGUCGUUGUACUCCUCCGUCUUCUAUAAAUCUGGCCUCUGACUCCGACGAGGGAAUUUCAAAUUCUACGACCUCUCAAACUGUAAAGCAUUCUCAUUCUCGUUCGUCAUUCAAUGGUACUUUCGUGGACUAUAACGUAUCACCUUCCGGUCAUCCUAGUAAAAAUUCUGAACUGCCAGAAGCAGAAGACAGCCUUUCGCCGCGCACUCUCGGAAAGUCCAUUCUUGCUCCACCUUGCACUCCCCCUUUACAAGAUUAUUCUUUUUCUGAUUGGGAAGAGGAGUCUUCCCCACCCCCUAAAAAUCCUAAAUUGUGUAUAUGUGGAACUGAGAGUGCUUAUGUUUUCUGCCAUGGUUGUACGAAUGCAAAUUACCAAGUAUUCCAGUGUAUUUAUUGCUGGAAAUUUGGAGCGAAAACUUCAAUCAGGGUGAUCGGUGAUGAGUUCCUCGAGGACCCUUGCAAGAUCGACCAUAUUUGCACUCCCAUUAACGAGUUGGAAGAUCGAGUGGAGAGACUUACUCAUAAGUGGUUGUCGAAUCUACGAACGAACUGCGGGUAUUUCCAGAAUUCUCCCAAAGAGCUGUACGCUAAUUUUUUGACGUGGUUGAGGAAUGAAUCUGAUACGCAUGCAUGGACGAGAAGAAGACUUGUGCAAACCUUUAAGAAAUCUGGAGGAUUUGAGAAGCACGAAAAAUUGUUUUCAACGUUUUGCAAACCCAAGAAAGUUCAGAAGAACACGAGGAGGAGGAAAUGGGCUUGGGUGCAAGUUUCUAGCCCGGAAGAAGUAGAAGAAUUGAACUUUUGGAAUGAGUUCUUCGCAUGAGCACAUGACAGAUUACGUAAUUUUUACUGCAUGCAUUGAAAAAUUGAGAUAUAUGGAAGAUACAUCAUAGAAACAAAUUAUAUGUAAUCGACAGAAGAUGAACAAAUUUUACGUUUACGUUAUAUAAACUCGGUAAUUUUUUAGAAUUUUUUGGAAGAAGUAGAUUUCCGAAGUAAGUUCGAUUUUAUCUAUCUGAAUAUAACC